CGAAGGAAUGGGGUCUGAUGCGCAGGCGGCUAGAAAUUAAUUCCCCAUGGUGUUCUAUGUUCAUUCCACCGUCACCCAUCUCAUCCUGGGAACCAGAUCUUAAACCCACCCUUCCUCAUUUUUUUUCCAUGUUAAAGGUGACCAGAUAAGUAUGAUUUUAUGUCAGCGGAUGUGAUUGGCGCCUGGGAAACCAUUAGUUUCCAUUGGCUAUCAUUUCUUUCCUUCCUCUUUUUCAAGGGCGGCCCAGUUUGGACUCUCACCUCCCAAACAAACCAUCCAACCGUGCCUGGCUCCUGCCUAUUAUCCAUUGCUCACACCUUUCCCCUGCUUAAAUCCGCCAAGGCCCAUCCUUUCUCACCUUCAAAGCCCUCUUCAAAAAUCACCUCCUCCACAAGCUUGCCCGGGUGCCUGGUGAGAAGAGGCGGAAGGACCGUCCCCGGGGUUCCCAGACCAGAGUUGCGCGGAUCCGACGGUGAUUCCCUCGCGGAGCCAUGGCGGCCGCCCUCGGAGAGGCUGCGGCUUGGGGUCUGCGGCACGGGGCUCUGAUGGAGGACCUCCCCGAGGACCCGGAGGCCGACCGGGAGUGGGACGACCUGAGCCCCGAGGCCGCCCGCCUGCGCUUCCGGCAGCUGCGCUACCGGGAGCUGGCGGGGCCCCACGAGGCCCUGAGCCAGCUCCGCGUGCUCUGCUGCCAGUGGCUGAGGCCCGAGAAGCACACCAAGGCCGAGAUCCUGGAGCUGCUGGUGCUCGAGCAGUUCCUCACCAUCCUGCCCGGGAAACUGCAGGCUUGCGUCCGGGAGCAGUGGCCCAUGAGCGGCGAGGAGGCGGUCGCCGUGGUGGAGGAUUUGCCCCAGAUCCUACAGGAGGAGGAUGACAUUGAUGAUAUGGGCAGGUGUGGUCAGGUCUUUUGCCCAGAAGGAGCGGCAGAGUCCAGAUCCGGCUCGGGGGACAGUCCACAGUGGAGCGUUGGAUUUGAAUUCCAAGAACCUGGCCCCCUGGGGAGUAGAAUUCCAAGUCCCAGGCCGGAGGAGGAAAGAGCCUUCGUGAAGCCGGAGGAAGAGCAGUGGGACUCGGAUCGUCCGGACUCCGAGAAGGAGGCAAGCCUGAUCAGCGUCCACUCGGGCUGGGACACGUGGAGCGGGACCGAGGAGAGCCCGAAGCACAUUAUUUCGGAGGAGAUGGAAUUGCCCAGUAUGCUGUGGGGCAUGUUCGAAGGGGAUACGCCCCAUUGUUCCGAAAAGGAAGCAGAGCGCGACAGAAAGAGCCGGUCGGAAAGGCCGUGGGGGAUGCUCCCCGCGGUGAAGUGGGAGAAACUGCUUCAGGAAAGAAGUCCGGGGGACCAGCUCGCCCAACCGCCACCCCCGCCGGCGGAGAAGCCCUUCGCCUGCCCCGAAUGCGGCAAGAGGUUCGGGAACACCUCCAACCUGAGAACCCACCAGCGAAUCCACAUGGGCGAGAGACCUUACAAGUGUUCCGAGUGCGGCCAGGGCUUCUCGCGCAGCUCCAACCUCAUCAGGCACCAGAAGACGCACCUGGAGGAGAAGAGCUACCGCUGUUCGAAGUGUCAGAGGAGCUUCGGGCAGCGGUCCGACCUGACCCUGCAUCAGCGCACCCACCUGAAGGAGAAACCCUUCAGCUGCGGCGUGUGCCAGAAGAGCUUCAGCCUGAGCUCGGCCCUGGCCGUGCAUCAGAGGACCCACACGGACACCGCCCGCUACAUCUGCUACGAGUGCGGCAAGAGCUUCAACAACAGCUCCAGCUUCGGGGUACACCACAGGACCCACACGGGGGAGAGGCCCUACAAGUGUAACGAGUGCGGGAGGGCCUUCAGCGACAUCUCCAACUUCGGGGCCCACCAGCGGACCCACACCGGGGAGAAGCCCUAUAAGUGCUCCGAGUGCGGGAAGCAUUUCUCUCGGAGCUCCAACCUCAUUCGGCACCAGAGGACCCACUCCAGCGAGAGGCCCUACCGAGCCCCCAAAAUUGGUGUCCUGUUACAUCAGUUGAAUCCUGGUGAGUUCCUCUGGUGUUCCAGCUGCAUUUUUAUGUAUCCUUGGGUAGUUUUCCUUCCCCCAGGGCUCCAAGGGAGAAACCCCUCUCCGUUCCCCGGGUCUGGAAGAGGAUGCCCACGGGAGAGGACUGUUUGCCCGCCCGAGCCCAGAUCUCCGUGUCAGCUGGAGAUGGAUGCAGAGCAGAAGGCGGCCGCCACAGCUCCACAGGAGAACGACGAACUACCGGCCACGACGCCGGAGGAGGACGUCGGCGGCUCUGACUGUGAGCGGGAAUCCAUCUUGCAGGAGGGCGGCCCCGCCCCCGGCUGCUCCCAGCAGCCUGUUGGGCGGCCCUGCUCCCAGGAGGCAGCCGUGCCCCGGGAGGCGCUCAGCCGGCUCCGGGAACUCUGUCGGCGGUGGCUCAGGCCAGAGAUGCACACCCGAGAGCAGCUGCUGACGGUCCUGCCUGCAGAGAUCCAAACCUGGAUCCGGGAACACCGUCCGGAGAGCAGCGACGAAGUGGUGACCCUGGUGGAAGAGGACAGCGUCCUGCCUGCUCCUCAGGAGAGCACCGAAAACCAAGAGAUGACAACUUCUCUUUUUAUGGCCAGAUCUCAAGACGAGUGGAGACGCCUGGAUCCCGGUUCAAAGACUUGCUAUAGGGAUGUCACUUUGGGAUUUACGGUUCCCAAACCCGGCAUGAUCUCCUGGCUAGAGGGAGGGGAGGAACCGUGGAUCUCGGGCUCCCAGAGCUCCAGUGAGGAGGAAAUUCCGGGAGAAGUCCACAAAGGUUUUGAGAUGAGUGAGAAUGAGGAGGAACAUACGAAGCCGGACAUUUCUGAGGAAAUGGAAUCACGUGGGACACCAAUGGGAAGGUCCUCCAGGGCCGUCGUCCAGAAUUCUUUCUGGAGCAAAGCCUCCGAGAGCAAACGUGGCGCGGAAAGUCAGCCGUUAGUCCCAGUGGGAGAGAGUCCAGGAAAAUCCACUCCCGAGGAGAACGACAGAAGGAAAUUCCCAGUUCAUCCGGAAACCUUUACAGGAGAGCAGCUCUAUAUAUGUUCCCAGUGCGGGAAAAGCUUCACUCAGAGCUCCCAUCUGAUGAAACACCAGCUCUCUCAUUCGGGCGAGAAAUACUACAACUGUGCUGACUGUGGGAAAAGCUUCAGCAACAGUUCCAACUUCAUUAGACACCAGAGGACCCACACGGGAGAGAAACCCUAUAAAUGUCCCGACUGUGGGCGCUCAUUCAGUCAGAGCUCAGCGCUCAUCACCCACCAGAGAACUCACACCGGCGAGAAACCUUACCAGUGCGGCGAGUGCGGCAAGAGCUUCAGCCGGAGCUCGAACCUCACCACCCACCGGAGGACCCACAUGGGCGAGAAGCCGUACAAAUGCUGCGAGUGCAGCAAGAGCUUCAGCCAGAGUUCCAGCCUCAUCGCGCACCAGGGCGUCCACACCGGAGAGAAACCCUACGAAUGCCGUGAGUGCGGGGAGAGCUUCAGUUACAGCUCCAACUUCCUCAGGCACCAGAGAACGCACACGGGAGAGCGGCCGCACGGGUGUCCUCAGUGCGGCCGGAGGUUCAGCCGCAGCUCCCAGCUGGCUAUGCACCAGAGGACCCACACGGGCGAGAAACCCUACCGGUGCCUUCAGUGUGGUAAAAGCUUCAGCCGGGGCUCCUUCCUCGCCAUGCACCAGAGAGCCCACACCGGGGAGAGGCCCUACAAGUGUUCUGUCUGUGGGAAAGGCUUCAGCUGGAGCUCCGUUCUCAUCAUACACCAGAGAACCCACACCGGAGAGAGGCCCUACAAAUGCCCCGCCUGUGGGAAAGGCUUCAGUAACAGCUCCAACCUCAUUACGCACCAAAAAACUCACACGCGGGAGAAAGCCUAUUAAAGGAGGCAGAAGGGCGCUGGGUUGGGAAUAGGAUUUUGCUAGGGAAGGGACAUCCCGCAAGUAUCUCGAUGUGGAGGGAAAUGGUUCCUAAACAGGACCCCUCUAAGUGGCUUCAGCCCACGUUCUAGGAUUUUCCCCCGACUCCCAACUUGCUCAGGGCAGUGGUCUCCCAUUAGCCUGGGAAUGAGUGUCAGGAAACCAGGCUCCUGCCUCUGGCUGGACCAAUAACUUCCUUAAUUAUUAGUCCCUUCCUUUUCCCUCUUGGGUAUAUGGGGAGGUCAUUUCCAUUCUCAACCAAUCUCCUGGGUGUCUGGAAGAAGGAGAACCUGGCUGAGAAGUUUGGUGCUAAUAAAAGCCUAGCUCUGCUCUCCUUCUCCCCACUCCCGCCCUUUGAUUCCGUAGCACAGUCUUUUCCUUUCUUCCAACGUCUGACUGGGGACGGUUCCAGGCAAUGGAUAGGACCACACAAGUCGGGAAGAUCUCAGCAUGGGUAAUCCGGUUAAAUCAGCUAACUCACACCCAGCCCACUUCAGAGGGAAACAUCUUCUGUUUGUCGAAUGGGUCUCAUCAACCGGCGGCAUAAGCAGCGUUAUUCCUCCUGCUCCCUUUGCGGUGUGAUGGCACGGAGGGAAUUCAGCUCUGCAGUUCAGUCUCUUAUCGGCUGAGGCUUGUGAAUAUUCGUAGCCCACUCGGUAGCCAUCUGUGGGGAACUGGUGGAUGGUCCUAGAUGAGGGAGGAUAGCCUGUUAGUACUUAGAGAAUUCACCCGUAGAACAAAUCAGCCGGGGGGAAGGGAAGCCCGGUGGUUACUCGCUCACCUACUCUCCAGCAGAGAAAUGGAAGCUUCGGUCCACGAUGGGUUUAUUAGAGAAGAAAGUUUGCGAUGUCAGAAUGUGAUCAUCAGCCGGGAGGAUAGGUGUUAAGGCAGGUGGCCAGUAUAAUGUUCCUCCAAGAGGCCUCGGCGGCCGGGGCUCGACCGGACGGCAGGAGGGCACUGCUUAUGCCUUGGGGUUCGCCUCCAGAGUAGCUCAGACGGGUGGAUCCAACUGCCUCUUCCACCCUCCUGGAGGAAUGUGUGCCGUGACUCCAGACGGACCCGUAGCCCUAUGAUCCUUUUAAGACUAUGCCCGCAGUGUAUAUUCCUGCAUUUAUAAGUUCUCAGUGUUAUAUAGACCAGAUGUAGUAUUCUUUCGAGUAGCCAGUAAUUAAGUCCUCCCCCGCCCCCAUCCAGUCAUUUGAGCAAUACGAAUUUACGUUUAACAAGGAAGAAGUAACUUGGACUCGAUCUGUAAUUGCAGGCCUCUGUCUUGGCGACGAGUAAUUCGACGAGGCCUCUUUAGAGACGGAGUGCAGCGGGACUGAGGUUCCGUCAGACCAGGGUUAAAGUGACUCCGAGAUUUGGUAGGGGAAGUCCAGCUGGGGGCAGGAAAUGCUGAAUGUGAUGCCAUCUGCUUCUCAUGUGAAUCUGAGCUCAGAAUAAAUCUUACAGUGAAUAUGA